ACUAAGUGAAGUUUACAUUGCACCUAUCAUCAGUUUUAUUAUUAUUAAUCUAAAUAAUAACAGUCACCUGCUUGAAGUGUAAGACGAGAUAACAUGGCUAAAAAUACCUCCAGUUCAGCUUUCCGAAAAAUAGACAUUGAUCAAUACAAUGAAGAUAACUUCAAAGAGGAUGAAGCCGAGCAAGCUAUGCCCGCUGGCCCCGACGAGGGGGAAGUCUCUGCAUUAUUGAAUCAAGGAAAAUACAAUGAAGCACUCAAAACAGUUUUGGACAAUGCACCAUUAGGGUCUUCCAAUCAACAAGUAAAGGACAAUGCCCUUACACUCACAUUAAAAGUGUUGCUCGCCAUUAAAUCUGCACAAAUUGAAGAUGCCGUAGCAAACCUAUCCCAGGAUGACAUUGACAUACUGAUGAAAUAUAUCUACAGGGGCUUCGAGUACCCAUCCGAGGGAUCCAGCGGGCAUCUGCUCCUUUGGCAUGAGAAAGUUUACAAUGUGGGUGGCACUGGCUCCAUAGUGAGGGUCCUGUCCGACCGUAUGAGAGUUUAGACCAAAAGACUAUUAAUACUUACCUAUCAUUCUAUAUGUUUAUGUAAAUUCUUAAUAAAUUUUAUUUUAUCUCUU